CGCGACACCGUCCUACUCUUCAACGUUCAACCUUACCCCCAGCUUGCAGCGUGAUUCAGCUAUAUUUGCGCAGGCGUUGAAAAAGGUGCACGAAUAUGUCGAAACGAGGACCGGAAGGCCUACCAGACCCUGCUGGUCCAUCUAAGAGAACCAAGAAGGCAUUGGAUGGGGAUGGCUAUGUUGACAUUGAGGAAGAUGAAUAUGCCAGUGAUCCUGCUACUGACAGUGCCCUUGUCCCGCGAGGCGCUACCAUUAACUUUAGUGCAUUAACGCGCAAGCUGGCUGAGGGUCGGCGGGAGAAAGGUGACGAAGUGGAUGGAGACUCGUUGGACACACACAGGAGACAGCAGGAUGCCCUCGUGUCCCACAUCUUCAUGGACCAAGAUUUCUCCUGGCUACAUCUGAAGCCCGACCACGCCUCACGGCCAUUGUGGAUCAGCCCGGAAGAUGGCCAUAUCAUCCUCGAGGCCUUCUCACCUAUAGCUGAACAGGCACAGGACUUCCUCGUAGCCAUUAGUGAGCCUGUCAGCAGGCCAGCUUUCAUUCAUGAAUAUAAACUCACUUCGUAUUCGCUUUAUGCCGCCGUGUCCGUCGGGUUGCAAACAGAAGACAUUAUUGAAGUGUUGAACAGGCUGUCAAAGGUACCUGUCCCCGAGGCUAUCAUCAGCUUCAUCCGAGAAAGAACGCUCUCCUAUGGAAAAGUGAAGUUGGUGCUGAAACACAACAAGUAUUUUAUCGAGUCAAGCCACCCGGAAACCUUGCAGCUUUUGCUCAAGGACAAGGUUAUACGAGAUGCACGCGUGGUUACGCAGCAAGCAGAUACGAGCAUCAAAGCCGCGACAUUCACCACCAUGAAAGCUCCAGUGAAGGGCAAUUUAGUCAUUCCAGGCACUAAGGAAGCCGACAAGAAAAAGGACGACAACGCAGCGUCGAGGGACAGUACUGAGGCAUAUAAAGCCAAUGAUGCGGACCUUUUUACCUCUGUUGUAGGAGUUGAAGGUGACGAGAUCGAUGAAGAUGAUGAUAAUGUUCAUGCAUUCGAAAUAGACGACGCGAAAAUAGACGAUGUGAAGAAACGGUGUAAUGAAUUGGAGUACCCCAUGCUGGAAGAAUACGAUUUCCGAAAUGAUACUAUCAAUGCCAAUUUGGACAUAGACCUGAAGCCGGCCACCACAAUUCGCCCUUACCAGGAAACGAGUUUGAGCAAGAUGUUCGGAAAUGGUCGUGCACGCUCAGGCAUAAUUGUGCUUCCAUGCGGCGCUGGCAAGACCCUUGUUGGGAUCACAGCAGCAUGCACAAUUAAGAAGUCGUGUCUGUGCUUGUGCACGUCGUCAGUAUCCGUUAUGCAGUGGAAACAACAGUUCAUGCAAUGGUCAAAUGUUACUGACAGGCAAAUUGCGGUCUUCACUGCCGACCAAAAAGAGAGGUUCGCGGGAGAAAGUGGCAUUGUCAUAUCAACGUACUCCAUGGUUGCAAACACACAUAAUCGUUCUCACGAAUCGAAGAAGAUGAUGGAGUUCUUGACAUCUCGGGAAUGGGGUUUCAUCCUUCUCGAUGAAGUUCAUGUUGUUCCAGCUGCCAUGUUCCGCCGUGUUGUGACCACGAUCAAAGCGCACUCAAAGCUUGGAUUAACCGCUACAUUGGUUCGCGAGGACGACAAGAUCGCAGAUCUCAAUUACAUGAUUGGACCUAAACUGUACGAGGCAAACUGGAUGGAUCUUGCAGCGAAAGGGCAUAUCGCGAAUGUUCAGUGUGCCGAGGUUUGGUGUCCCAUGACUCCAGAAUUCUACCGAGAAUAUCUCCGGGAGCAAUCUCGCAAGCGUAUGCUGCUUUACUGUAUGAACCCCAAGAAAUUUCAGGCCUGCCAGUUUUUAAUCAAGUUUCACGAAGACCGAGGAGACAAGAUCAUCGUGUUUUCUGACAACGUGUAUGCACUCAAGGCUUAUGCUGAAAAACUUGGGAAACCUUACAUCCAUGGCGGCACCGGACAGGUUGAGCGAAUGCGAGUGCUUCAAUGGUUUCAACAUGACUCCAACGUCAACACGAUCUUUCUCUCCAAGGUCGGAGAUACCUCCAUUGACCUUCCGGAGGCAACAUGCCUAAUCCAAAUAUCAUCUCAUUUUGGCUCUCGGAGACAAGAGGCGCAGCGACUUGGGCGCAUUUUACGAGCCAAACGUCGAAAUGACGAAGGUUUCAACGCCUUUUUCUAUUCACUUGUGUCAAAGGAUACACAGGAGAUGUUCUACAGUACGAAACGGCAACAAUUCCUCAUUGACCAGGGAUAUGCCUUUAAAGUCAUCACGCACCUUGAUGGGCUCGACAAUCUCCCUAACCUCGUUUACAAGACGAAAGACGAGCAAAUCGAACUCAUAUCAUCUGUGCUUCUGGCCAACGAGAGUGAGGCCGACUUGGGCAGUGACAUUCGGGCGGACGAGGGUGACUUGGCAGGAACUGUGACUUCAAAGGACUUCGGCGAUCCAUCCAAGUUCCCCACGACUUACAGAACCACAGGUUCCAUCACAGCAUUGAGCGGUGGACAAUACAUGUCGUAUGCGGAGCAGAGCAAGUCCGCUAAUAAAAAGCUGGCACGCGAGAUUGCUCCACGCCACAAGCUCUUUGCAAAGCGGGACAAGGACAAGGCAACAGCUAGAAAAGAGGCUCGGACCACCGGUCGGAGCUGAGUUCAUCGGUGGGCUGACAGACGUUUACUCAGGUUGACAAUUGAAGCGUGCAUACUAUACUAUACAUUCAUGUAAUGUUUGAUUCACUACAUCAAUUGAUGGUCUACUCAAGC